AUGCUAUUUACAAUAUAUACAAGUAAAAAAAUUUUCAUGGAGAAUUGAGUGGCAUGUGUCAGUUUGUUGAAGUACCGGUGAAUUCCUGUAAACGUGAUGUGCCUGGGAAGAUAUAAGCAAUAGCCCAGAGCAUGAAGAAUAUGGUUAGUAAAACACGUAGAGUAUUGUAAUGACAACAGAACUGGAGGACAUCGAUGCAAUCUCGAAAAAAUCAUGAUAAAGCCACAAAAUCUCCCAAAGAGGCAGAUAUCCAUGUCUUUGGCCUUAGUGUUGUGAUAUCUGAAGGAAAAGUAAUUUCAGCAGAAAAGGCAAAACAGACUCCUCCAAAAAUUGCAUCGAAGUCACAAACAUCUAAAGCUUCUCCUAGAAGAAAAUUUCAAACUAGAACAGAUGACAUAAAAAAUGUACAAAGUACGCUAAACCGUAACCAAUCCCCAUCUCCAUCCAGAGGUUCCAGCCGUGCAUCUUCCAGUCCGGUUUCCUCUACAUCUUAUGUCUCUGAUGCCUGCACUUCACUAUCGAAGGUAGAAGAUGCAACAACUGCCACAUCAACAUCUAUUUCAUCUUCUCCUGUCAAUGCUGGACCGUCCUCAUACAGAGCUCAAUGGGUCCUGGCGAGAAAACUUUCGGGAAGAUCCCGCUUUAGUGAAUUACAAGGGAAAUCUAAGGUAGCUAUACGUAUAGCAGAUGAUGGGAGAAUUUAUGCUAAACGGUCUUCUGAAGAGAGGACACUUGAUCCAGAUCGUCUUUCUAUAGAAAGAAGUAAUUUGACACAUUGCCCAGUCAUUGAAGGCGAAGACCAACUUCAUUUACUCAGCCUACAGCAAAAUCAAAUAUCAGUUAUUGAAAACUUGGAGUUGUUUUCAAAUCUUAAGUUCCUUGAUCUAUCAGAUAACUUAAUAGAACAGAUCAGUGGCUUGGAUAGUUUGUUUUCUCUAAGAAUGCUCACACUUGCAAGAAACAGAAUCCGGUAUAUUGAUGGACUUCAGAGUUUGCACCAUCUGGAUUCUCUGGAUUUAAGUGGAAAUGAGGUCAAAGAAAUUAGUAACAUAAAUCACCUUUACGAGCUGAGGUUAUUGAAUCUAUCAUCAAAUCAGCUGACUCAAAUGAGUGGUUUGAGAGGGCUGAAAUCUUUAGUAGAACUGAAUUUAUCAAAAAAUUUUAUAAUAGAAGUGUGUGAAGUGGAUGUGUUGCCUCGUUUGCAAAGGCUUUAUUUAUCACAAAAUUCAAUAGAAGGGUUUGAAGAUAUGUACUGUGUGAGCAACGUUCCAUUACUUUGUGAUUUAACUUUAGAAGGUUGUCCUAUAACUACACACCCAAAUUAUCGUCACCUCAUCCUGUAUAAUAUUCCACAACUGAAGGUUCUGGAUACAAGACGAGCUUUGGAUGAAGAAAGACGCACAGCACAUGCAUUGAUGAGAAAAGAAGAGCAGAGAAGACAGGAGGGUAUCAGGCAAGCAAAAGUGAAAGAGGCUAAAGUGAAAGCUAUUGCCACUGCCCGACAGUUGUGGGAAAAUGCCUGUAAAGAACCUGAAACAUUAAAUCAACGAGAAUUACCAUCAUCUAAUUCAUCUAUUGCUUCUGCUGUACCAUUACAUCUUCUUGCAUCUAGAUCUAGCCAUUCAUUCAGUGAAGAGGAAGAAGAUUUGUUUUGCUCUUAUUGUGGUGGACAAGGUGGUGAAUGUAAUGAAUGUGAUGGUGGAAGGCCAAAAGUUGUUUCUAAUGGCAUUAAUCUAAAAUCUAAAAAAUCAAAACAAAAGUCCCAAAAAAGGAGUUACGAUUUACUAAAGGCUAAUAAGAAAUCAAGAACCUCUAUUGCUCUGGAUUUGGAAGUUGCCGAUUCAAGAUUGACAUAUCUAGCUGAACUUGAAUUUGGAAAUUUGCAACUUUAUGGUCCUGGUGCUGUAGCAACUACAAUAAGCAAUACCUGGGCACCUCAGACUGUUUCUCUUAUCCACACAGUGUGCUUCCAUUUUAUUGUUUUUGACACAAUUUGUCAUCUUUUAGGCAAAAUGAAAACUCAGUUUCCAAAUAUUGAAGCAGCUUCUUUUGAAUGCACUUGUAUAGAAUCUUUGUCACAACUUAAUGCUUUAGGUCAAAUUCCUGGACUUAAAACUCUAACAAUUGAGAGUGAAGGAAAUCCUGUACUUCAGUUGUCUUUUUGGAGAAUGUAUGCAAUUUAUAGGUUAAGUCCUACCAUUGAGCUGAUAAAUGGUACCACUGUAACAGAAUUAGAAAGAGUGAAAGCUGAAGAUAUUUUUGGUGGGCUUGGCUUUGCAGCAUCUCUGUUACUUCCAAAGUAUAGGUUAUCUUCUCUAUUAAAUAGUCCUAGAGUAAAGCAAAUGUUUUUGAAAGAAAAAGGAUAUUCACCAAAUAGUUUGCAAAGGCAACCCGAUUGUCAAGUUGCACCAGAAGUGAUGAAAGCUGUGUUUACUUAUAAUCCAGAUUUUGAGUAUUCUUUACCUGGAUACAAAACGACAGGGAGUAAGAUUGUGGAGAAAAAUUUGAGUUACGUUCAAGAAACCACAAAAAAACGUUUAGUCUUUCAACGGCUAUGGCCGUCUAUGUUUUUAGGCAUAGUAAAUGAUGCUUUAGAAGAUUACAUCGAUCUAAAUCGCCACAUGAAGCUGUCCAUGCAAAGCUUGCUGAAAAAAUGCAAAUCUCUAGAUGAAAGUGAUAGUAAUGACUAAGUUUAAUGAUAUUUUUUAAUCUUUUUUCUAAAACAAAGAUUUUUUGAAAUUGCAAUUAACUCUUAGUCUUGUCUCUAUUUGUUGGCUUACUAUUUCAUAAUCAAAAUCUUCAAUUUUGGAAUUUUUUUAAUUGACAAUCAAUGUUCUAUUUAGAUAAAACACAAUUACAACUAUUUAAGAAUAACACUUUAAAUAUUGUUAAUAAAUUUUGUUCUAAUAAAGCUUAUCUAUUUAUCUCA